GUUACUUGUAACAAAAUGGCAGACUCGACGGCGAUCGACUACCUCGAAAAUAGAAUUUCUAGCCUCGAAUCACUUGUCUUUGGAAGUUCCGAAAAAGAUGCCGAUUAUCCUAAGGUAUUAACGCAAAUAUUAUUUAAAUAAAACUAUUAUUGAAUCCAGAUUCCAUUCCACAAUGUAUCUCAGAUGAGAGAUGAUUUAAUAGUCCCAGAACUAAUCAUUUUUUAGUUUAGUCCUUUUCAUUUAAGUAAUACUGAUAUUAUUACUAUUACUGAAUUACUCAGAAAUUACUGAUCACUAAUCAUACUGCGAUUAAGAGUCAUUAAUUUAUGGAUUUUUAAAAUUUACUUAAUAAUAAUAAAUAACUUCAGUCCAGUCAGCUCAAGAGUCAUAUGACAAAAGACUUGAAAAGUAAACACAUUCACAUAGGAAUAAGAAAAUAACUCACUAAUUUAAUUUAUUAUUAAUAUUAUAUUUUCUUUAAUGUAAGCAUAUAAAUAAAAAAUAAAUGUGGAAUAGUCAAAAGUUAUUUGUUAGUCUAACAGAUCCCUUUCCAACAACAACAAAUUCAGAUUGAGGCAUUGAAGGGGAUAGGAACUUUAAGUGCAAAUAUCUGUGACUGUGUGUGUGAAUAACCUUAUUUAUUUGUCUUCACCAUAGUUGGCGCAAGCAUGUAUGGCUAGUACCGACAGUGGGCAAAGGAUUCUUUUCAAAAAUAAUUAUACAAUGAAUUAUAACUACAAAGCAUGUACUCUAUUAAUAUGCUACAUCCAAACAAUUGUAUUGGAUAAAAAAAAAACAUCUAGUCCUAGUGGCUACAUCACCAUUCUUAAGAUGAGAUGAAGUCUAGAUAAGUAAAUCUCAAAAUGGCCAACACAUGUCCCACUUUGGAGACGCAUGUCAAAAAUUGAGAAAAAUAUAAAAUACAAAAAGAAGGAUACAUAUUCAUGCGUAUCAAAAUGAUCAUACAUUGACAAUGAUUAACUAAGCUAUAUAUAUGGUGAUGCAAUAUAUUCAAUAUAAAUAUAAGGAAUGAAAUAGAAAUGUGUAACCAACUCAUUAGGUUUAGAAAUGGCCAGCUUCAGACUCACUAAGGAAUACGUAUGGUAACUUUGCGUUACAGUCUUAAAAGAAAAAUUUUUCUUGGGUAUUUAUAGUGGAUUUACUAUAAUUGGUCACUGGUCAAAUCCAUUUCAUGUUCUGAGACCAAUGAAGCUUAAAUUUAGAUGCGUAAUAAAAUUUCCACAGGCUAUCAGCAGCUCAGCCAUGGCAAUAAGGUGGGGGGAAUUCUACUGUGUAGUGCCAUUGGUGGCUCAAAAUGUUAUAGUGAAAGAUUCCUGUGAACAACGCUUUAUCACAUUGCAAUUUAAAAUAAAUUUUAACUUAUCUCACUAUAUAAUAUGCAUUAUCAGUAAAUUUAAUAAAUAUGAUAUGGAUGUUCUGUUUACCAAAUCUAGUAAGGCAAUGCAUCCCCCUCAAAAUAAUACUGGUUUGGGGCUUCUUGUUUUGAAUUUUCAUCUUUUGCACAUGACUAACUAAUUAAAGCUUCUCCUAACCAAUGAUUCAAAAGUUUUUGCACACUGUAAUCUCUUGUGAAUGAAACUAUGAGAUUAAUACUAUAGUAGUAAAGUACAUGCAAAUGGCUGAGAAUGGUUGCCACGACAUUGUUUUGCAGAUGGAUAAUUAUGAUAAUUUAUAAUAUGGGCUCUACUGGGUUUUUAAACCUGAAAUUAAAAUAUUAUUGUAUAAAUGCCUUCUAAGUUCAUUCUAAAACACAAGUAAUUCAAAUAUUUUGAUGCAAGUAUUAGUAAUAAUUGAAUAUUUCUUAAGUAUCUGCAUCUUCUGCCAUUAAAAAAAGGGGCGUGGUCACAUCCAAGCAAAGUUGGGCAGAGGGAUUUACAUAAUAUGCUGCUCAAACAUAUAAGAUUGAUUUUAAUAAGACACGAAAAAAUUGUGUCAAUAGAACAAUAUGUGUUAGCUUUAAUAAUAAUUAUACAUUAUACACAAUUAAACGUUUCGGCACAUGCCUUCAUCAGUACAAACAAACAAAACACAUUUAAAUAAGUAUAAAUUAAAUUUACAUAAUAUCAAUAUACAUAUCCUACCUAAAACAGAAAAAAUAUAGGAAGUGCCUAACUUUAGGUCUGUAAAAAAGUUUUAUUUAACCAACGUGUGCUAGUUUCACAGCAGUAUCGCCCAGUAAACGCCGACAAUCAGGUAUUGUGAUUUCGUUAUCAAAAUAUAUCUUAGAGCACACAUCAUAUUUUCUCAUGAGACCCUUUUUUCCUUGAAUGAAUUUGAGGUCUUAACAUUGAAAAUGACUAAAACCUAUUUUAAUUUGUAUCAACUUCCAAAGUUGAUUUGAACAAUACAUGUUGAUUUAUAAAACAUGAUUACUAUCUGAAAAUAAAUGACACACUAAUUUUUGUCAUUCAUAUGGGAUUAUACGUAAAUUACAUAAUAAAUUAAUAUAUAAAAUGGUAAAGUAAAAAGAAUAAUCAACAAUUUUACCUAAACAAAUCAAUUAAUAUUUUGGGGAAAUUUUAAAAAAAUAUAUUUUGAAGAAAAAAAAUUAUCUGAAUACCAAUAGGUGUUGAGUCGGCAUAUUAUAUACAUUUUUUUAAAAAAAAUAUUUUUAUCUAAUUUUAUAAUAAAGUUAUGGGUUAUAAAAAACAAAAGCGAAAUAUGGGUCCAAAAGUAUAGAGAAACACUCUAUAGUAAAAAAAAAAAAAAAAGUGGUUUGAGGUCAUUACUUAAAAAAUAAUUCAUAACUUUUAUUAAAAAAAAUAUUUUUAUCUAAUUUUAUAAUAAAGUUAUGGGUUAUAAAAAAAAAAAACGAAAUAUGGGUCCAAAAGUAUAGAGAAACACUCUAUAGUAAAAAAAAAAAAAAAGUGGUUUGAGGUCAUUACUUAAAAAAUAAUUCAUAACUUUUUAACCACUUGAGAUAGACAGUGUAUCUUGGUGUUUUUGUAAACCAUUCUCUAGGUUUUAUUGACAAGUUUCCUAAGGCCAGAUCUAGAACUACAAAGGUCGCAGCCAUCUUUUUGAAAAAUGGUCCCCAGCCUUCCUUUUUUGAUAUGAUAAGGGGUUUUCCAGUACCUUGUUUUUUUAUAUCAAUGUAGAUUUUUUUUAGUUUAGUCAGCGCUCAAUUUUUAUUAGUUAAAAGUAAAAGGCUCCAGACUAAAUUUAAAGAACUUAACAAUUGUAAUAUUAAUAUUAAACAUGCAUAUCGAUGAGUUUUGAAAUUUCCAAUUUUAAAAAUACGGAAACGGGGUAGCUGCUUCAUGACAUAUCGAGGAACUUGUAUCAAAAUAAUUAUAAAAUGGAACAAACUUUCAUUGGGUGCCUAAAAGAAUUUUUAUGUUUGAUAUGCGAUUAAUGAGCAAUUUUUUUUGUUAACAAAAUGGGCCUUAUGCUAUAAUAACUCUAUUAUAACAGGAAGUAAGCAAUCAUGUAUGCAUAAAAAGUCUAUUUGAAUUUUUAAUUCUAAAAAUACAGAAACAGGUGGAUAAGCUGUAGUAUUUUUAUAUUUUUAAAAAUUAUUUUGAAAUUUUCACCAAAGUGCCUACAAGGGAUUGCUAGGAAAGUCUCCUUUAGUCUCAUUCAACCUUCUACAUGCCUUGUUCUUUAUUUUCUUCUGUAGUAUUAGCCCAAUGAAUUAGAUAAAUUGGCUUAUACUAUACUAAGACUUGUACAUUGUGGGCUUAUUGUAACAAAGCUUGAGAAAAUAUAAAAUAUGUUAAGCAACUAUAAAAUGAACAAUUAAACAUUAAAUUUUAGUUAUGAUUCAUAAUAGAAAAAUUCAUAAGAGCCUCUAGCUAAUAGUUUCUAAACAUUCUUUGUGGAAUGAACUUUUUUGGUGGAGCAAGAGUGAUUUAAUUUAUACAGAGUCAAAAUGUGCAUUAAAAUGCACUUUUUUACAAUAAUAAAUUUCAUUCCUAAUAGUAAUGUUUUACAAUAUGUGUAACUGUCGCAGGUAAUCUGGUGAAAAUCAUUAAUUGUCCAAUAUUUUAAAUACUCUUUGUAGUAAAACCUAAUGUAUUUUAAAUUUUACUUUAAGUAUUUAUCUUAUUUUCUUUUGUUAUUCUACUCAUCAUCCAGGAGUUCUUUAAUAAUCUAAGAUAAACCAUACUAUUUGUUUAAAAGUAAUUAACAGUAUGAAUCAUGAUUUAAUUUAUACAGACUGAGUUAUUCAUUUUAACAUAUAUUGUUUCAUUGUGUGGUAUGUUUACAUCAGAUCUGCUGGAAGCAAUUACUUAUGACUUAUAUGAAUUACAGUUAUAAUUAUUAUUUUAUGAAUAAUUAGUAAAAAUAUUGGUAUGCCUACUUGAUUUGAUAAAACAUUUACAUCAAGUUCAUUAUUAUGUAUAUGUUUAAAUUUAUAUAUAUUUUUUUCAAUAAAUAAUUUCAACUUCACUAAAACUGAAUACAACUUCUUCUGCCUCUAUAAAUGUUUAAAUGUUUUGGUGAGUAAACAAUAAAAAUUAUUGUCAGUAUUAUUAUUUUUCAUUAACUUUUGAACUUUAAGCCAACUUUAUAUGAGCUUGCUUCAGAUCUUAAACUUAAACUUUGAUGAAGGCUUGUAUUCCGAUUUUGUUGGUAUUUUAAACAUAUUAACACAGGAUCAGACAGAGCUAUGUUUCUUAAUCUUUAGAAGUUAAAUUUAAUCAUAAUAACUUGAAGUUUUUAACUAAUUUAAAUAAUUUAAAGUAAUUUAAAUUUGCAAAAGUUAUAAAUUUCUUUUAAAUACCAAUAUCACAUAAGUGCUCAUGUGAAAGUUUUUUUUUUUAUAUAUAUAACUUUCUCAAAUCUAAAAAGAUGUCUGAAAAGUUAUUUUCAGUUAUUUUUUAAAAUAAUUUUUUAAAAUAUUAAAUGAAUUUUUGUAUUUGUUCUUGUUGUUAUCUAUAUUAUAAAAAUAUGUAAUUUUAAUUUAUAUGAAAAUCAGACAAAAUAGUGAUUAUCUACAUAAAGAAAUCAUCAAUAACAACGGUCCUAAAAUCUGCAGGGGAUUAGAAAUAUUCAAAGUAGAAAAUUUACAUAGAACUCUGACAGGUCCUUCAAAAAGUUUAGUAUUAUGCAUAUUGAAGAGGAAUCAUUCUUCUUUGAUUCUCAUUGCUGUGGUUCAGAAGAAAUCAAAUUUGCAAGUGACUUACAAUCAUCUAAAGUCCAACUGACAAAUACAUAUAUAAUGGCUCUUAGAGCUAAAAAUAAAAAUUAUAUUAACACUCACACUCCAUCAAGUGUAGCUUAAGACACAAAAACUAAUUUGUGACUCAAUUAAACUAAACAUUGAUAUUAAUAAUUAAUUCCUAAUUUAGAAAAGUACUAUAACAGAUAAAAGUUUUCUAAGUGUGUACUUUAAAUUUAGAAAUAUUUAUAAUGGUAUUGCAAAAUUAAAUAUAACAGCAUUUUUUAGGCCAUCUUUCUCUGUUGCAUUAAUGAAAUAUUAUAUGUAUUAUGUUAUAUUCUAAUUUCUUUUUUACCUCAAAUUAUGAUUCGUCUCUUUAUUGUAAAUGCAUUGUGAAGCCUAUGCAUGUUUUCAUACUAAAAAUUUAGGAAUACGCAGCGGGACUGAAAAUUAAUGUAUUUAAUCCACAUUUCCUUGAAUAUUAAUUGAACAAAAUACAUGUUUCAUAUUGGGUUUCUACAAUUUAACUUUUAAAAACAGUUUAAUGUGAAUUGAAAUAAAUAACUUUAGUGAGAAAAGGGCCUUCCCAAGUCAUGGAUCAAGAUAUGGAUAUAUAAAACUAUUCCCGCUGUGUAAUAAUGCCCUGCCUGUCUUUUUUCCAUCUCAGUAUCUACUAAUUAACAGAAUAUCAACAUUUAUUUCAGGAUAAAAAGAUUAAAACUCAGGUAAGAAUUUUUAGUUCAGCAUUAAAAAAUUUGCAUGAGACUAUGUCAAUGUGCAAACCCCUUUUUAAAUUGUAUCUCUAUAAUCAUUUUGGAACUCUACUUAAAAAUAAAAUAAAUUUUAGUGACAUGGCAAGGAAAAAAACUGUAAAAAUACAGAACUAAUUAUUAUCAUUGACCAAUUGAUCAAUUUAUUUUUUGGAAAACCUUUUAUAAUUUUAAAAAAUUUUAGUUGAUUUUUUUUUUUUUUUUCAAAUAAUAAUUUUCAGUUUUUUUUAAAUUGUUUGCUCAAGCUUUCUGAAUAUUUUGUUUGCAUUUUGCCAUUCACUAUUGUACAGCUUUUCUCUAAGCAUCUGAGUUGAUUAGUUCUUUCCUGCAUUUGACAACACCAUUUAAAUUAGUUGUAUUUUUUCUAAGAAAAAUUGACAACCUUGAUGUAGAUCUCAAGUGUACCGGUAACUUUAUAAUAACUUUAUGUUUGCAGUGCUUAGAGAGCUUACUAGAAAUACAAAACAAAAUAGGAGCCUCCCUGUCUGGAAAAAAAAAGGCUGCAGCUUUAUAUGAGAAAUGUAAGCUUCACUACUUUUUUUUAAAUAAUGUUUUAUUUAAAAAAAGCCAGAAACCUUCAAUGUUCAACUUUUUAUUUAAAAGUUGUUGUUUUUUUAAAAAUAGUAUUCUAUUACUAAUAACCUUUUUUUUUCACUUGACUUUCUCUAAUUAUAUUUUUUUGUCUGUACAAGUACCAGAGCUGAGGAACUAUCUUGACCAUGCUUAUACUGAUGAGAUGAUGCUAUCUGAAGAUGCACGUAUAGAAACUAUACUUGCGGGUACUGUUAACUUUUUUCCCUGCAAUUUCUUAAUUAGAAGCUAUAUGUAUUAAUAUCUAUGUUUUUACUGAGUUUAUGCUAUAAACUUCCUUGAUAAAUAUUAAAGAUUAAGAAACAGAAAAAUAUAUAUAAUAAUUAAAUUACCCAAAAUGUUGCUGCAAUAACACAAUGCUUUCAUGUUGUACCAAGUUGUUAAAUGGUUGAUGUGGGUAGGGGGGUCUGAGAGAAUAUGUCGAUAUGUUUAUAAAGAAUGUUUUAAUUGUUUCUCAGAGCAAGAAUUCUUGGAAAAGCAAGCAGCACUGUGGCAAAAAUUGUCUGAAAAUCAAGACCAUAUCAAUAGUGAACACAUCCAAGGUACAAAUUUGUCCCAAAAUGUUAAAAACUGAUCAAGUGAAUCUUUUCAUAAAAUUAUAAAUUAGCAAAUAAUUUUAAAUAUAUGUAGGAAAUGGAAAUGAGUAAAACAAAAUAUGGUCAAACCUGAAAAAAGGAACGCAACAAAACAACGAAAGUGUCUGCAGGAAGACUUCAUCAGAGAACAAACAACAGAAAAAAGAAAAUGUAUGCAGGAGGCAGGGGUGCCACUUUUCCGGGUUAUCCCGGAAUUCCGGAUUCGUGAGGCUAAAUAUUUUUCAGUUCCGGAUUCGCGAGUUUUUAUAUUCUCUAUUUCCGGAUUCGCCAGUUCAAUUUAUUCAAAUACAUAUCCCGGAAUUCCGGAUUCGUGAGGCUAAAUAUUUUUCAGUUCCGGAUUCGCGAGUUUUUAUAUUCUCUAUUUCCGGAUUCGCCAGUUCAAUUUAUUCAAAUACGGAUUCUGUCUGUUUUUUUUUUUUUUUAAAGAAUCAACGUGCAACAGAAUUCGCGAAAAACCAGGAAAAUUCCUUGAAAAUGGACGUUAAUCGCCGAUCUCGUCUAUUUUUAGCCUUUCUGUUGACAGAGAGCUAGUGGUUUCCCCUUGCGCAUGCGCUUUACACUACGCGUUUCGAGUACCGUACUACUUCGAUAGACCAGAAAUAUUUAUUUUCUGUUCACGUCGGCGAUCAAGAGAUAUUUGAAGUGUUUGGGUAAGCAAAGUGUAAAAUUUAGUAAAUAUCUUUUUAAUUUAGUUUUUAAUUGUUGGGUAACCAUUAUCAUAAAAAGAAACUACUUGUCCGAGCGCUGUCUAACAAGACUAAGCUUAGCGUACUUUGUUAUGUAGCUUUACCGUAUGCAGGCGACUUGUAUUUUUUUUUAUUAGAAGAGCUAGGCGGCGUUUAACUUUUUUAAAAAGACUUCUUAAGUUCACUUUUUACUUAAUUACGGAGUAAGCCUUCUCAUUUUAAAUAUAAAUAGGCUAAUAUGAUUAAGUUAUUUUUAUCCGUUCUGUAGAGAGCCUGACAUAACUGUAUUUAGUUAGUUUUUAUUUAUUAGUUAUGCACUCCCGUGUUCUGACUCUGGUUAUACUUUACGGUAAUUUGUAAUUCUACUAUUACUAGUAUUCAUAAUGCUCUGUAUUACCGUAGCAGUAGUGCCGUAGUUAAAUACUGGUAUAAUAUAGUCGAUAUUAUUAUUAUGUAUGCCUUACUAUUAUAAACUAUAAAUCUAAUGAGAUAAUAUAUUUUAUUUUGUUUCACUAUUAAGGAUCUAGGCUCAAUAAAAAUAUGUAAUGCCCAACAGUUAACAGUUCCUUUAACUUUAAAGAACUGAUGGUCAUUACAGUUACAGUACAGUACAGCAAUUACCAAUCAUGAUUGAAUAAGCCAUCAAUGAAUACUAUGCUGGAAAUAUUGAUAUCAUGUAUUCAAGGGGAAAAUGUCUGAGUCAAUCAUCUUUAUCACCCAUCUUAGGUGUCCACUUUUGUAACUUCUCAGGGAGAUAGUAUAGACACUAAAGUGUGUUGAUUCAAACUAUCCAUUUUCAUCAUAAAGAAGACAACAUUAACUCCAUAUAUGAAAAGAUACUUUCCACUUGUGGUAGCUAUACUUUUGUUCUAAAAUGCCCAGAUAACUCAUUGCAAAAGUUGACUUUUCAAGUCUAAGUAAAUUGAAAAAUUGCUAUUGCUGUAAAUUUAAUAAAUACUAAUAAAUGUUUACAUGUAUACACCUUAAUUGCUUAAUUUUGUUCAUUUGUGAUGUAUCUCAAUGUUUUAUUUGAUAAUUUCAAGCUUGUUUUUAUAUUAAUCAACAAAACGCCGCAUUGCGAUAAUCAGGAAUUUUGAGUUUCAUUAAGUUUCAGGGAUUGAAAAAUUUGUAAAUGAAGUUUCAGGUUUCAAGAAAUUUGUAGAAAGGGAUUUCAGGGUUCACAGCUUUCAGUGAGUGGCACCCCUGGCAGGAGGCAUCUCCCCUUAUUAACAUUAAAUAUAUAUAGCAAAGUUUUGUAAUUUAUUUAGCUGAUAUUUAAUUAUGUCCUGCGCUUAAAAAAUAAAAUUUAAAGUUAAUAAAAUAAUGUAUGUUUUUUCAGCUGUCCCUAAAUUUGCUGAUAGAUUACAGACUUUAAGCCAAAUUCAAAUUGAGCAGCAGGUAAGAGAUCAGAUAAUUUUUUUAAAUUUGAAACUCUAACUUUAACCCAUUUUUAUGAAUUUUUGUGUGUUUAAAAUGAAUUUGAAUUUUUGUGUAUUUAAAAUGAAUAAACUACCAAAUUAAAAAACAUACUUCAACUAGAUUAAAUUUUGUUUCUAAUUUCUUUCCUGAUAUGUAUAUAGGCACUUUACUUGUUAACUUAAAUAUAUAUUUAAAAAUAAAAUGAGUACAAAGAAUAAAUAACAUGAAAACAAUAGAUGCUCCCCAACAUUACAUUAAACCAGAUAAAUGCAUUUGACUUAGUCACACAGUGUGGGCUUUUUAAGUUACCUUAUUUUUCCAAAGUCCAGUGUAAAUAAUUAAAAUUUUUGCCAAGUACAAAUUUAGUUGUUGCUAAUCUGUUAUUUAGAAAUGUGAUAAAAUGUGUCAAUGAGACAAUUUAACCCUUUCAUUACGGCUGGUUUUGUCAUGGAUUAUUGCUGACUCAGCAAUAAAAAAAACUUCAAGAAGAAACUUCCGGUAUUUUUCAUUCUCUAUCCGAUUCGCUUAUUAACUUCUCUAUAGAUUGACUAAUAAAAAAAUAUAUAGCAUUGAAAUAUGACGUCGGCGUGACGUCCUUAGUAUUUCAGAAAAGUUCUUUGCUUCUUUGUUAUGACGACAUUGUGACAUCCUUGGUAUUUGAAAGUGGGUGAUCGUGCCGUCGCGUCAAUGUCAUCGUUAACCAAAAGGUUAAUGUGGAUUUUAUUACUGUCGGUAACUCAGCAAUGAAUUACAUGACAUCCUGUUCAGUGAUUUUCUUAUAGUCGUGAGUUUCAUCAUUAAUUGCCUGAUAUGGUUAUGUCUACUUAUGUUUUGAAGUGUAUUUGUAUAAUUAUAUAUAAAAAACGUUUAAUUGAAUCAUUACAUUUAAUUAUUUAUUUCAUUGUUCUAUUUAUUUUCAAACUUUCAACAGGAUGAAGUGGCCCAAAUAACAGAUGAAACUCGGAAAUUGUUGAGUGCCUAUAAUGAUGUUGUAUCCUUUAAGAAUUUAAUUUAACUAAUUAUAAUAAAUAAUAAUCAAAUGAAACUCGGAAAUUGUUGAGUGCCCUAUAAUGAAGUUGAAUCCUUUAAGAAUUUAAUUUAACCAAUUAUAAUAAAUUGUAAAAAUCUUAUUAUUUUCUUAAUAAACCCCAAAAUAAUAUAUGUUGGAAGUUAAACAAUUCAAAAUAUUAUUAUAAAAUUGUUUUUUAAUCAAAACAAUUAAUUUAAAAUUCUUGUUAUCCUUAAAUAUCCUAGGUAACUCUUCUUUCCAAACAGUUUGUUCUCUGGGAUGAAACUUUAACUGAACUGGAAAUUCAAGCCCAGGCCAAGAAAUGAAUCAAUCUGAACAAUUUCUUUAGUAAUCAUUUAUUUUAAGAGGAAUGGUAUAAAAUCUAAUUUCACACUUUAACUUCAAGUCCAUUGAUAAAUUAUUUGAUGUAAAAACAAUAUUAAAGGUGCAAUUUUACUAGGGGUUUUAUCUGCAUUAAUCGCUACUUGACAUUUCAUUGUUUUCCUACUUUUUUUCGUAACUUGUUUCAGUUAUCUCAAGUUGUGGUAUAUUGCACCCAAUGGACUAAAAAAAAAAGCUGCAAUUUUAGAAUAUUUUAAAACAUUAAUUUUAAUUUCCCUAAAUUCAUUAGUGUUAUUCUGAACAUUUUGCAUUUUAACUCUCUGGUUACAACUGACCUACUAGAAUCUGAGACUUAGAAGUUGAUGUUUGACAACUGAAUCCUUGAAUUAUGCUUAGAUCAUCGUUAGCCCUUAAGAUCUCAAAGAUGUUACCCAAAAAUUGUUUCACAGCUUUGUGGUAAAAAGCUAUAUUCUUAAUUAUAUAAUUUGUUAGAUUUGCAAAACAAUUAAGAAAAUUAUGUGCAGCAAAAGUAAAUCUUUAAAGUUAUGUAGUUUAUCUUUAAUUUAUAAGAAUUCCUUUGUAUAAUUUAAAUAUGUUCUUAUCUAUGUGCAAUACAUUUAGCUGAAAUAAAGAGGUUAUGGAAAUAAUCUAGUUGACUUUCUGGAUGAAAAAUAAGCUUUGCCUUAUGAUGUUUUGUGAUCAUAAUUUUAUUUUUUUACUUAAAUUCUCUGCAAUAAUUUAAAAAUAAUCAUGCAUGGGGACUUAAUUCAACCAUCCACCUCUUAAUCACCAUCAUUUAUUGUGAGUUCAAAACUAAUUUAUAAUUGAUCAUUAAAAAAUUUUAAUUGAUGUGUUUUGACAGUGGAAAAAGAAAAUUACACAUUUUGUGUGAAUUUUUUUUUUUAACUCCUUACACUAGAUUUUACAAAAACCAUAAGAUCAGUUUGAAAAAAUUGUAAUUUUGCAAGCACUUUAUUUGUCUUUGUUUCCAUAUAAAAUUAACAGACAUAAAUAAAUAACAUUUGAAUCAUCUUGGAAAAAGAUGAAACAUUUUUUAUAGGAUACAAAACAGCUUUGUGAUUUUUCAAGUGUUAUUUCUUUUUCUAAUAAUCCUUAGAAAUGAUUUGAUUGAAACAAUAACACAGAGAUAUAUCUUUUAUUUUACAAUUAAGUAUACAUGUUUCCCAUCAUUAAUUAGGGGUCUGUUUUUAUAACAUAAUU